AUGGGCAUUUUCUCAGAAUCGGAAAAACCGCGACGGGACGAUGAAGUCGUUGGUUAUCAAAAGCCCAAACCAACUGGACUUCGAAUAUUCACAGCGGUUAUUUACCUCUUGGCCCUGGUAUUUCUCAUCCUAGUUGAGAUUGGAAAUAUCAACACCAAAGCAGUCAUUCGAGAUAUUUACUUCCUCCGGAUUGACCUUGCCAACAUUAUCCCGGCUUCAGUACCAAACGCCGUUUUCAUCAACUCCAUCGCCCGAUCCAUCGGAUUACACGAUUUCUACCAAGUCGGGCUCUGGAAUUUCUGUGCAGGAUAUGUCGGUCAAGGCCUCACCGAUUGUUCGCCGACAAAGACCCUGUACUGGUUUAAUCCUAUCGAAAUCAUCCUCAACGAGCUCUUGGCCGGCGCCUCAAUCACUCUACCUACCGAAAUUGUCGAUGUACUGGAUCUAGUCAAGCUAGCCAGCUUUUGGAUGUUCUCAUGCUUCCUUGUCGGAACCGUCCUGACGUUCCUCUGCAUCUUCCUCGCACCUCUAGGGUUCUCCAAGAAACCACGAUGGCAGCACAAGGCCCGUCGGAUCUUCUUCCGGCAGUUGCCAAUCACCAUACUCACUUUUGCAUCAUUACUGUUCACGGCCGCGGGCUCGGUUAUAGCAACUGUCAUGUUUGUUAUCUUUAGAGACAAGGUCUCGGUUGCGGAGGACCUAAACAUUUCUGCGAGUCUGGGCGUACCCAUGCUAGCGUUCAUGUGGAUAGGUACCGGGUUCAACCUGAUUGGAUUCGUGAUGCAAGUCGGUACUUGCUGUGGUGUCUGUUGCUGUACAGGACGCAAGAAGGCUGUCAGGAAAAGUCAGAAUCAGACGGCGCCGGUCGUUGAACCACGAGAGAAGGAGUCGACGAGUAGCUCGUCCAGAUCUCCUGGUCGAUUUGGAUUUCGGAAACGCUCUCGCUAA